GGAAUUUUGGGAACUCUUUUCGGCCGUUAAUUAUUUUUCUUUUUCCUCUAAAGAUUCGGCUUAAAAGCUACUACUAAUUCUAAUACUAAUCUAUUUCAUCAUAUCAUUAGACUUAUCUAUAAAAUCAUCCCAUACAUAGAAAUACAAUAAUUAAAUUCUUAUUACUGAGUCUGCAGAAAGAGUUUUCUGCAUUCUCUCAAAUUAUUGUUCUCUCAGCACAAUAAAUUUGAAGCUGUAUAUUUAUAUUUAUUGUACUGGGUAAUUGUCAUUAUGGUGAACUGUAAGGGAAUUUGGACGAAACAGACAUUGAUUAAUCUUCUGUUGGGACAAUUUUUGUCACUUUUGAUCACUGCUACUGGAUUUUUAUCGUCUGAAUUGGCUAGAAAAGGAAUCAAUGCACCGACAUCCCAGUCUUUUCUAAAUUACGUGCUCUUGGCAUUAUUUUAUGGAGUAUUUAUGGUCUACAGGCAAGAGGGGCUCAAGGCAAAAUGGUAUUACUACAUCCUCCUUGGAAUAGUUGAUGUGGAGGCCAAUUUUCUUGUUGUGAAGGCUUAUCAGUACACAUCCCUAACAAGCGUGAUGUUACUGGAUUGCUGGGCAAUUCCAUGUGUUCUGUUUCUUACGUGGUUUUUCUUGAAGACAAAAUACAGACCCAGAAAAUUAGUUGGUGUUGCCAUCUGUAUUGCUGGUCUUGUCCUGGUGAUCUUUUCAGAUGUACAUGCCGCAGAUCGAACAAGUGGUAGCAAUCCUGUCAAAGGGGAUUUAAUUGUAAUUGCUGGAGCCACACUGUAUGCAGUGAGUAAUGUCAGUGAGGAGUUUUUUGUUAAAAGUGCUGAUAUGGUUGAACUCUUGGGAUUUCUGGGCCUUUUUGGUGCCGUUGUUAGUGGUUGCCAAAUAGGCAUAGUUGAGCGCAAUGAGUUGAAGUCCAUUCACUGGUCAGCUGGAGCAGCACUUCCCUUUGUUGGAUUUGCAGUGGCGAUGUUUCUAUUCUACUCAUUUGUUCCCAUUUUGCUGAAGAGAAGUGGUGCCACAAUGCUAAAUCUAGCGUUGCUUACCUCUGAUAUGUGGGCUGUUUUAAUUCGUACCUUUGUAUACCAUCAGAAGGUUGACUGGAUAUAUUUUGUAGCUUUUGCUGCUGUUGCUGUGGGGCUUCUUGUUUAUUCCGGGCGUGAUAAGGUGGAUCGGAACAUAGCUGACGUUGCUGGUGAAGACAUUGUAAGAAGCAAGCGGUUUGACGAGGAGACUGGCCCAGAUAAUCCUGCACAAAAAAAUGUCAUUGAGAGCUCAAACACCUAAGAUAAUAGGCAGAAUUUUGCAUCUACCAGCAUUGGAAAGGCUGCUAGUAUUACUCAAGCAGUGCCCAGAAAACAAACAGAAGCAAACCAGACUUUAUUGUAGUUUUCAGACUCUUUUGUUUUUUAGUUCUCCCUCCAAUCUUUGUAGGAAAAUCUUAUUCCAUUUUGCUAGCGUUAAUUCUCAGGCUAGUGAACUUGCAUUGAUGCGAUGUAGCUGCCAGACAGUUUACUUUGUCAUUUUGGUUAAUGAAAAUUUCCAUUUCUUCA